AUGGCCAAUCAGACUGCCACUGUGGGGGAGUUUAUUUUGCUGGGAUUUGCCCUCAGCAGGCAGGUGGAGCUGCCGUUCCUGAUGCUGCUGCUGUCCACAUUCCUGCUGACCCCUGGGAACCUGCUCAUCAUUUCCAUUGUGCUGUCCUACUCCUGUCUCCACACCCCCAUGUACUUCUUCCUGUGCAACCUCUCUAUCCUGGACAUCCUCUUCACCACAGUCAUUUCUCCAAAAGUGUUGGUCAACUUAGCAUCUGGGGAUAAAACCAUUUCCUUUGGGUGUAUCACCCAGUGCUAGUUCUACUUCUUCCUGGGCACGGUAGAGUUUCUUCUGUUGACAGUCAUGUCCUAUGAUCGCUAUGCUGCUGUCUGUUACCCGCUGCAGUACAGCACCAUCAUGAGACCUUCUGUCUGCAUUGGGACUGUUGUGUUUUCUUGGGUAGGAGGCUUCCUAUCUGUGCUCUUCCCAAUCAUCUUCAUCUCUCAGCUGCCCUUCUGUGGCUCCAACAUUAUUAACCACUUCUUCUGUGACAGUGGGCCUUUGCUGGCCUUGGCCUGUGCAGAUACCACUGCCAUUGAGCUGAUGGAUUUCAUGCUUUCGUCCACCGUCAUCCUCUGUUGCAUAGUCCUUGUAGCCUAUUCCUAUACGUACAUCAUCUUGACGAUAGUGCGCAUUCCUUUCAGUGGAAGGAAGAAGGCCUUUAACACCCGUGCUUCCCACCUGACAAUAGUCAUGCUUUCUAGUGGCAUCACAGUGUUUAUCUACGUGACACCCUCCCAGAAAGAAUAUCUGGAGGUCAACAAGGUCCCUUCAGUACUGAGCAGUGUUGUGACCCCAUUCCUCAACCCCUUUGUAUGUACUCUGAGGAAUGACACGGUGUUGGGGGUCCUAAAGGACGUGUGGGUCAGGGUUCAAGCAGUUUUAGAAAAGAGGAUGAUGACAAUGCUGAGGAGCAAAUUGUCCUCUUAGAAAGACCAAUAA